AUGGCAUAUCUUCUUGCUAAGUCGAAUCGAUUCCUUGUUAGACCAUCUGAGAUACCCAAUUCUCUCUGCUCCCUUUUCUUCUUCAGAUUGAUCUCUUUCGACCACGAAUCCGGUGAUUUUUCUCCUCCUCCUCCUUCUCCGUCAUCUUCACCUUCUCAAUCUCUUGUUAAAUCGGUCUGUUCAUUGGUCUGUCAUUCAUAUCUUCGUCAAACCCAUGUCGUUUUAUCCCCACACCGGGUCAACCUCGACCUCGAUGCCAAUUCUCUUACCCACGAGCAAGCCAUCACUGUGGUGGCUUCCCUCGCGAGCGAAGCUGGUUCAAUGGUGGCUCUCUGCUUCUUCUAUUGGUCAGUGGGUUUCGAAAAGUUCCGGCAUUUCAUGAGACUGUAUCUCGUAACAGCUGAUUCUUUGAUUGCCAACGGAAAUCUGGAGAAAGCUCAUGAGGUAAUGCGAUGUAUGCUGAGAAAUUUCUCAGAGAUCGGGAGGCUAAACGAAGCUGUUGGUAUGGUUAUGGAUAUGCAGAACCAGGGAUUGUCACCUAGCGCGAUAACUUUGAAUUGCGUUCUCGAGAUUGCGAUAGAGUCGGGGUUGAUAGAAUAUGCAGAGAACGCGUUCGACGAAAUGUCUGUGAGAGGGGUUUCUCCGGAUUCAAGUUCUUAUAAGCUGAUGGUUAUUGCUUGUUUCAGAGACGGUAAGAUUCAGGAAGGUGAUAGGUGGCUAAACGGAAUGAUCCAAAGAGGAUUUGUUCUGGAUAACGCUACAUGCACCUUGAUACUUAGUGCCUUGUGUGAGAAUGGUUUAGUGAACAGAGCAAUCUGGUAUUUCCGUAAGAUGAUUGAUUUAGGGUUGAAGCCGAACUUGAUCAAUUUUACGUCUUUGAUUGAUGGGUUAUGCAAGAAAGGGAGUAUCAAGCAGGCUUUUGAGAUGUUAGAGGAAAUGGUCAGAAAUGGUUGGAAGCCAAAUGUGUAUACACACACAGCUUUGAUUGAUGGGCUGUGUAAAAGAGGAUGGACUGAGAAGGCGUUUAGGCUGUUCCUGAAACUCGUUCGCAGUGAUAAUUACAAACCCAAUGUGCAUACUUAUACUUCGAUGAUUGGUGGGUAUUGCAAAGAAGAUAAGUUGAACCGUGCAGAGAUGUUGUUUAGCAGAAUGAAAGAGCAGGGAUUGUUUCCUAACGUGAACACGUAUACAACGCUCAUCAAUGGUCACUGUAAAGCUGGAAACUUUGAUAGAGCGUACGAGUUGAUGAAUUUGAUGGGAGAUGAAGGUUUUGGGCCGAAUAUUUAUACGUAUAACGCGGUUGUAGAUAGUCUCUGUAAGAAAUCAAGGGCACCUGAGGCUUAUGAGUUGCUGAACAAAGCAUUUUCAUGUGGACUAGAAGCUGAUGGAGUUACUUACACUAUUCUUAUUCAAGAACAGUGUAAGCAAAGCGACGUUAAGCAAGCUCUUGCGUUUUUCUGUCGGAUGAAUAAAACUGGCUUUGAAGCCGAUAUGCGUCUGAAUAACAUAUUGAUAGCUGCAUUUUGUAGGCAAAAGCAAAUGAAAGAUAGUGAAAAGCUUUUUCAGUUAGCGGUAAGUCUUGGGUUGGUUCCAACGAAGGAGACUUAUACGUCCAUGAUCAGCGGGUAUUGUAAGGAAGGUGAUAUCGAUAUGGCUCUGAGAUAUUUUCACAAUAUGAAGAAGCAUGGCUGUGUUGCAGAUAGCUUCACAUAUGGCUCACUAAUAAGCGGUCUCUGCAAGAAGUCCAUGGUAGAUGAAGCUUGUAAGCUUUACGAAGUGAUGAUUGACAAAGGUAUAUCUCCUUCUGAGGUAACUCGGGUCACAUUAGCCUAUGAGUACUGUAAGAGGAACGAUUCAGCCAAUGCAAUGAUGCUGUUGGGACAGUUAGAUAAGAAGCUGUGGAUUAGAACGGUUAGGACACUUGUGAGAAAGCUGUGUAGCGAGAAGAAAGUAGGUGUGGCUGCUCUGUUCUUUCAGAAGUUGUUGGAGAAAGACGGUAACGCUGAUCGUGUUACCUUGGCUGCUUUCACUACAGCUUGUUCUGAGUCUGGUAAAAACACGCUUGUCGCUGAUUUGACUCAGAGAAUCUCCAGAGGAGUAGGCUAA